AUGUCCAGGUUCAAGGGAAUCCUGCUCGACCACCGCUUCGAUGGCAACAGUCUCCACGCACGCUGGCGACAAUCGCUUCACGGCAACGACGAGCCAUGGACCGUCUCCAGAGUGUUGAAAGAGACAGGGCACAGCGACGGCUGGGACGGGGGUGAAGAGGGCGCAGACGUCAACUUUUGGGGGCCAACGUUCGACGACGACGACGCGGGGGACGGCGUGCAUCCUUCGUAA